UUGGGACUGGGGGCCAGGCCGUGAGGGGGGCGGGAGAAAGGGCGGCUCUGUUUGCGGUGGCGCACGCCUCCCCCCGAUGACAGCAGGUGAGCGGGGCGGAUGGGUAGGUCAGGCUCCCGCCCCCCUCUCGGUUGGCGGGCCCUGGUAGUGGCAGGCAGGUUCCGCGAGGAGGAGGCGGAGGAGGGAGAGGGAGAGGGAGGGCCGGCCACCGGCUGGGCGCGGUCCUGGCGGUCCCCGAUCCCGGAUCUCUUCAAUUUCUCCUCUCUGUAGCUCACUCGUGCGCCGCGGGCAGAGGCAGAGGCAGCAAGAGCAGCAGCUCCGGCGGCGGUGCUGACCGCUAGAGCGCGGCGGCGAUUUAACCGCGGCAGCCAAAACAAACGGGGCCCGCGCUAUUUAUUGGCGGCGGCCGGAGCGGGCCGGCUCAGAGCGGCCGAUCAGCGCACCUGCCCCCCUCGCCGCAUGGACGCUGCCGCUGCUCUCUGCCCGGGACUGCCCGGCCGCCGCCGCCGCCGCCGCCGCCGCCUCUGCUAUUCCUGCUGCUGAGCGCCCGAUCGGCGUCCUCCUCGUCGGAGCCAUGAAGGCGGCGCGGCUGCUGCUCCUGCUGAGCGGCUGCGCGCUGCUCCUGCUGGCGCCGGCGGUGCGCGGCUGUGGGCCAGGCCGGGUGGUAGGCAGCCGCCGCCGCCCGCCCAGAAAACUCAUCCCGCUUGCCUAUAAGCAGUUCAGCCCCAACGUGCCCGAGAAGACGCUGGGCGCCAGCGGCAGGUACGAAGGCAAGAUCGCCCGCAACUCGGAGCGCUUCAAGGAGCUCACGCCCAACUACAACCCGGACAUCAUUUUCAAGGACGAGGAGAACACCGGCGCCGACCGCCUCAUGACCCAGCGCUGCAAGGAUCGCCUAAACUCUUUAGCCAUCUCGGUAAUGAACCAGUGGCCAGGAGUGAAGCUGCGUGUGACUGAGGGCUGGGAUGAAGAUGGGCACCACUCAGAAGAGUCGCUGCACUAUGAAGGCCGUGCUGUUGACAUCACCACCUCUGACCGCGACCGCAACAAGUACGGGAUGCUGGCACGCUUAGCUGUGGAGGCUGGCUUCGAUUGGGUCUACUAUGAAUCUAAGGCUCACAUUCACUGCUCUGUGAAAUCUGAGCAUUCAGCAGCAGCAAAGACAGGAGGCUGUUUCCCAGCCCAGGCACUGGCAACUCUAGAAAGCGGGACCAAGAUUCCAGUGUGGGCACUGAGGCCUGGGCAGAGGGUCCAAGCCAUGGAUGAGCAAGGCCGUCCCAUAUACAGUGAAUUCCUGACAUUUCUGGACAAGGCAUCAUCCGCACGGACUGCUUUCCACAUCAUUGAGACGCGGGAUCCGCCCCGCCGCCUUGCCCUCACUGCAGCGCACCUCCUUUUUGUGGGGGAGAAUGCCACGGCACCCAUGAAGGCUAUUUUUGCGAGCCUGGUACACCCAGGCCAAUAUGUGCUGGUGACAGAGGGGGGUGAGCUACAGCCGGCCAGAGUAGCAGCUGCCUCGGUGCAGAUGGACAUUGGGGCCUAUGCCCCCCUCACCCGCCAUGGGACUGUGGUGGUAGACGGAGUGGUAGCCUCUUGUUUUGCUUUGGUGCAGGAGCAGCACCUGGCCCAGCUGGCCUUUUGGCCCCUUCGACUCUACCGCAGCCUGGUAGGGGGUGAGUGGACUCAACCAGAAGGCGUCCAUUGGUAUCCUGCACUACUCUAUCGCCUAGGCCGAAAGCUCCUGGCUCCGGACAGCUUCCACCCAUUGGCUGCAGCACAGUUUGAAAGCUGAGCUGACAUCCUCAGGUGCCCCAAAAAGAGGGAGAAAGAAACCAGGUGUUGCCUCCCGUGAUUCUAGGGAGGGACCGCAUGGUAGCCAGAAUCCUGAUUGUGGGGGGAAGGCAAGGCCACCAGCCAUUGGCUCCCUAUAACCUUCCCCAAGCACAAGGGCCAAAGGGAGGUUUUGACUCUUCCUCUAUCUCUGAGGGCCCCCUCCCCUUUUUUGCUAUGAAAGGGGAAGCCCAACAGACAGGGCUGUAUGCUGCUAUUUUGGUUCAGGAGCCUCUGAUGCAAAGUGGAGGGGGAGUGAACCAGGUGGAUGUGGGUAGCGAGUGGGGGUCUUGAUGCCUGGGGUUGAUAAAUGAAUGAAUGAGGGGCAGGAAAUCUUGCAUCUUGAUAUGCAGACUGGGGAAGUAGGAGGGAGUGGGCAGCUGCAAGGAGGCACCUGGGAGGGGCUGAGCAUGGCGGCCAGAGAAGACUUUCUCUGGGCAGAAAACCAUGCGCCUCUCCUAGCACUGCCUCACUGUGGCCAGUUGGAGUGUGGCAUGCAGAGUAGCUGCAAGGGAGGCACAUGAGAUUCUUCUAUGGUCGGAGAGGCCAGAGGGAAAUCCUUCUUUCUAGCUGCUGGUCAACUGGGCUUGUCAGCAGUGAGUGGGACAAGAGGCAGAGCACCAGACCUGAAGUGGGGAGGUGGUCACUGAUUAUGCUGAGGGAAGAGACAGUCGAAAGUAAAGGUUGUUAGGAAAUCACAUGGCCUUCUCUGGAUCAGACAGACGUAGCCUGGAAUAAUUGUAACUCCUGCGUAUGUCUUUGACAAUCAGGAAUGCAGAUGAAAAAGAAUCACUGUACCUAUAAUCAGCAGUGGACAAUGUAGUGGUGGGAAGGUGGCACUCACCUGACCUCCUGUCAGUUGUGUUGCUGCUGCUUACCAGGAGGUAGAGGGGGAGGGGAGAGAAGAGGCUAUGACGAGGUUGGCACAGGGCAAGCGCACCUGCAGAGUGGAUCCAAUGCUGCCAGUGGUGCAUUUGCACCGCAGUGACUUCAUCACCAUGUCUCUUCUCCCCCUUUACCACCCAGCAGGCAGGAGGGACAGGGCCAAUUGGAGGUCACAUGAGCACCCCCCCUCCCAUGCAUCUACUGGUGCCUAUAAUCAUACACCAAGAAAAAUGUGAGGGUGUAGGGGAGAGAAAUGUGCUUUUUAACCAUGCUUGUCAGUAACCAACCCCAGCUGGGUUUACCAAAGGGUGGUUAAUAUAGUAUAACCAGGGAUAUAACUCACCCAUGUUACUUGGUCUUGAAAAAGAUCACCUGAUGGGGAGGGUGGCCACUUAUGCAAACUCCCCCCAACAGAGGAAAUGUAUAACCAAAAAAAGAGGACAUUGAUUCGCAUAUGCUAAUUUUUAUGCCCAUUUAGAGAUAAUAGCUGUCAUUUCAACAGAAACACAGUGCCUCUCACCAUAGUGGGGAAGACCUGGUGAGCUCGCUCUGCUCUCCAUGUGCCAGUUGUAGUUCGGCAUCUUCAAGCCCCUCCGCCCUCCCACUGCUCUCCUUUUUUAGGGUUCUGUCUCUUUUUAAUCUGGAUUUGGAUUGGACAGCCCUUGCCACAGGCUUCUGCCAGCCCUCCAACUAGGAGACUGUCCUCUGGAAAGCGGCAUACGGCUGGCCACCCUGCCUGAAGGUACAAAGCCGGAGAGCAGCACUGGGAAUCCCCUCUUUCUGUUAGAGCAAACUGGGGCAUGAGGAGGGGAGGGGGAGAUGGACUCUGUUACCUUUUUUAAACUUCCCUUUGCUUCUUGAAGAUACAGGUGGGGAAAACAUUCUUUUGGAUUCUAAUCACUGGAUGGAUAAUCUUCCAUGAUCAUCAUCACAGCACCCUAGUAGAAUAAUCUCCACUUUCAUAGCACAGGUUCGGAUGCCUCUGCUCGUGUGAGUGCAUGCCCCACUUUAGCUGUCCUAGAUAUUCUCAUAAAGAACAUGGUUUUUCUCAGGGUGGAACUAUUUGUUACUAUGAGAGCACACAAAUGCAGCACGGAGGAGAAGGAAUUUGCAGGGGAGACUCUGUGGGGAGGAAGGGGUGUGUAACCCUUUCCCUGCCAAACUAUUCUCCAAGGUUUUGUUUUUUUAAACUCAGCCAGAUAUAUCAAGAAAGGAAGGAAGCCCUGCUUGGGGAGGGGGUGAGAUUAGCUGGGAGGGCACCUGCAAGGGAGAAGCACUGGGUGGGGAAAGUGUCAAGCACACACCCGUCCACUGAUUUAUCCUUGUACACACACACACACACACACUUGUACUGCAUACACACGGCAACCCCAUUACCUUGAUAAACAUGGGCUUUGGAAGACGUAUUAGUCGAGGUAAUGCAGAGGUCCAUCUGUCAGGGCUUCUUCAUAUGUCAGGAAUUUUGUUUAAGGAUACAAAUUCUGUACAGGGGGAACGGCAUGUACACAACAAUAUUUGAUGAGCACUCACACAAUAUGGUAUUCGAUGCUAGUCCUCAGAGUAGACCCACUGACAUGACUAGACACGACUCACUUAGGUUCACUAAUUUCAACAGAUCUAGUUUGAGUAGGAUCUAUUUGCUUACAGCUCCUACUUUGCUGCGUUGGAAAACUUCAUCCGGGUGCCUGUGCAGAAAAGUAGACCUUUGCACUCUUCCAAGUGCCAGGGCACACCAGGCUUAUAAACAGCUGCUUAUGCAAUUGUGUGAAGUGUGUGAGAACAACUGCAAGGUGACCAGGCAGUUUAGUCUUCUAACAAAGAUUUUGGGCUUUCUUUCCCUCUAUCUCUCCCUGAGACUGUCAGUGUGUCAAUGAAUGACAAAUAGAAUUUGUAUGUGUGUGUCUGUGUUUUAUGGCCAGCCUGACUACUACUUUUUUCCCCUUGGCUAGUAAUGUUUGAGGAUUUAUUUGUAAGGCUGGUGUACACACUCUUUUCCUGCAAGCAGGUAAUGUCCUUGCUGAAAAUAGUCACAUGUGAAGCAGCCCUUAGAUGGGCACCAGACACCCCAGUUUUGGGCAUCUCCUUGAGGAUAUACCAGAGUGCUUUGUGCACCAGUCAGUACCAGGCUCUGUCCCUUCCUGCCCUCCUCCUUCCUCCCUUUCUGAUGCCAGCAUCUCUCCGCAUUCAGGCAACCAGGAAUAGGCAUGUCCCUUGCUAGCAGCAUAGCUCAGGAGGCCUCCACAUUCCCAAUAUUGUGACCAUGGGAUGGUAGUGGCUGGGAAAGUAUCAUCUCCUACCCUCCCCCCCCAUUUAUUUAUUUUUACCUGCACUUUGCAGGGUGCUUUCCUUGGUGAGUAAGCCCUGCUGAAUGAGACCAAAUGGGGGUGGGGCCAUUUUUUCUAAAAAUAAAAGUAUUUAAGGAUUAUUUCAGAGGUGGGACCAUUGGGAAUCACAAAACUUUUUGUCUCUUCACUGGAUGUACAUAUCCCAAACAGGCAAGAAGUCCAAUAAAUCUCUUGACCAAUA